AUGGAACUGGUGGGCAAGUGGAACCACAGGCCUAUCAUUGAUGCGGCUUUCCACCCAUGCGUCAUUGCGGAGAACGCCCGUGACGAGAUCAAGACGAGCACUGACGCGUAUGUGACGUAUGUAGGGACAACCUACCUGGGAAUUCCUAUAGACUCCACUACAAACGCCAUCAUCAUCCCCAUCGCUGUGCUUAUCGUGUUGGUGGUUGCUGUAGUCACAGUUUGCCUCGUCAAGUGGCAAACCAAGAAAGAGCGAGAGGACCGGCAGCUCAAGCGACAGAUGAAGAAGACCUACGGCACUUCUGGCUCGUCAGAUGCCCCGCCCAACUACAACAUCCUGGAGACGACAAACACAACAUUCGUCUCCGGGGCAACCACCACGCCGCGUCAUGGCAAUGGGAACAAAGUCGUGCCUGAUGAGUAA